UGUUGGACCCGGAAGUGCUUCUGUAUUAGAGGCUGAAAGGCGCCGAGGCACGCAUCCUGUUAUUGUCCCCGGUAACUGUCCCCGGUAACUGUCCCCGGUUCCCCCAGAAUCCCGGAGCGGGUCCCCGCGGAAGUGUCGUCAUGGCGGCGGGAGGCGGGACUGCUCCUCCUAAUGUCGGUGAUGUUGAAGAAGACGCGUCACAGCUGCUGUUUCCUAAAGAGUUUGAGAACGCGGAGACGCUGCUGAACUCGGAGGUCCACAUGCUGCUGGAGCACAGGAAGCAGCAGAACGAGAGCGCGGAGGACGAGCAGGAACUGUCCGAGGUCUUCAUGAAGACUCUGAACUACACGGCUCGGUUCAGCCGCUUCAAGAACAGAGAGACCAUCACGGCUGUGCGCAGUCUCCUCCUGCAGAAGAAACUUCAUAAGUUCGAGUUGUCGAGUUUAGCGAACCUGUGUCCGGAGGCUGCAGAGGAGGCCAAAGCUCUGAUCCCCAGUCUGGAGGGACGCUUCGAGGACGAGGAGCUGCAGCAGAUCCUCGACGACAUCCAGACCAAGAGGAGCUUCCAGUACUGAGACCAGGACCUGAACCAGUACUGAGACCAGGACCUGAACCAGUACUGAGACCAGGACCUGAACCAGUACUGAGACCAGGACCUGAACCAGUACUGAGACCAGGACCUGAACCAGUACUGAGACCAGGACCUGAACCACUACUGAGACCAGGACCUGAACCGCUCCCUGGUCUCAGGUCGUCUUGGAUUGUGUUAGGUCAGAUUGAUAAUCGGUCACUCUCCAUGUUUUCACUUUACUUCUACAACAAUAAACGUUUUGUGUUUUUCUA